AGAGAGAGGGAGGUAAUAUUUCUAACAUUUGCCUCAACCCAUUACUGAGUACAUGUCUCAUGGUACUCAUCCUAGCAUUACUAUUUAUAAUUUGAGACAUACAGUACUAAUACUUUCACUUUGUCCACUUAGAAUUUAGUGGGGUGAGCGAUUGUAAUUGUUAACACUUUCAGAUUUUCAGUGUUAUACUGUGUUAAGGGGCGGUGUGGUUAAGACAGGAGGCAAAGAUCCAGAUUGCAGCUCGAGACAGAGGUUUAAGAACUACUACAGAGCUCUUGAAUGCAUGCAGUAUUUAUUGAGUAUUACAGUGAGCGACCGGCAAGAAUUAACUUCUACUUUUUGGACGUAGCGGGAUUUGUAGUCGGCUUGCUUUAAUCAAGGCUGUAGGCAGUGACGGAAUCCGGGUGACGAUGGAGAGCGCCCUGACUGCCAGGGACCGGGUGGGUGUACAGGACUUCGUCCUGCUGGAGAACCACACCAGCGAGGUGGCUUUCAUCGAAAACCUCCGCAAACGCUUCAAAGAGAACCUAAUUUAUACAUACAUUGGAUCAGUGCUGGUGUCAGUGAACCCCUACAAAGAUCUGGAGAUCUACACUAAGCAGCACAUGGAGCGAUACCGGGGCGUCAAUUUCUAUGAGGUCUCGCCUCACAUUUAUGCCGUGGGGGAUAAUUCAUACCGAUCCAUGCGUACUGAGAGGCGGGACCAGUGUAUCCUGAUCUCGGGUGAGAGUGGUGCUGGCAAGACCGAAGCCUCCAAGAAAGUACUGCAAUACUAUGCUUUCACCUGCCCUGCCAAUGAGCAUGUGCAGAGCAUAAAAGAUCGCCUGCUACAAUCCAACCCAGUGCUGGAGGCCUUUGGAAAUGCGAAAACUUUACGAAAUGACAAUUCCAGCCGCUUUGGAAAAUACAUGGACAUUCAGUUUGACUUUAAGAAACCCGUUAUUAUCCCCUCUGCUUCUCGCUCCGGGUGUCCCCGUUGGCAGGGUGCUCCGGUGGGCGGUCACAUCCUGAACUACCUGCUGGAGAAAUCGCGCGUGGUGCACCAAAGCCAUGGCGAGAGAAACUUCCAUAUCUUCUAUCAGCUGAUCGAGGGAGGAGAGGAAGACCUGCUCAGGAGACUGGGCCUGGAGAGGAAUGCCCAACAGUAUCAGUAUCUUGUGAAGGGUAACUGUCCCAAAGUGAGCUCCAUAAAUGACCGCAAUGACUGGAAAGUGGUGAGGAAAGCCCUGAGCGUCAUUGGCUUCACUGAUGAUGAAGUGGAGGAACUUUUGAACAUUAUUGCCAGUGUACUACACUUGGGGAAUGUCCAGUACGGAGGAGAGGACAGUGGCAGUUCCUACAUUACAACAGAAACACAGAUUAAAUACUUAGCCAGGUUGUUAGGUGUGGAUGGCUGUGUUCUGAAAGAGGCUCUAACACAUAAAAAGAUCACUGCCAAAGGAGAAGAGCUAAUGAGUCCCUUGAAUCAAGAGCAGGCCGCCGCAGCACGAGAUGCCUUAUCUAAAGCCAUAUACGGACGUACUUUUUCUUGGCUUGUCAACAAAAUUAAUGACUCUCUGGCCUUUAAGGAUGAUUCAUUCAACAGUAAAAAUGCCUCGGUAAUCGGUCUGUUGGACAUCUAUGGUUUUGAGGUCUUUCAGAACAAUAGUUUUGAGCAGUUUUGUAUCAACUAUUGUAAUGAAAAGCUUCAGCAGCUCUUCAUUGAACUGACUCUGAAGUCAGAGCAGGAUGAGUAUGAAGCCGAGGGAAUCACGUGGGAGCCUGUGCAAUAUUUUAACAACAAGAUCAUUUGUGAUCUUGUGGAGCAGAAGUUCAAAGGAAUCAUUUCCAUCUUGGAUGAGGAGUGUCUGCGACCUGGAGAUGCCAGUGAUAUCACCUUCCUGGAGAAGCUGGAGAACUCUGUCGGUGGACACGCCCACUUCAUAACUCACAAGCUGGCUGAUGGAAAAACCCGCAAAAUGAUGGGUCGUGAAGAAUUCAGACUGCUUCACUAUGCAGGAGAAGUCAAUUACAAUGUGAACGGCUUCCUGGACAAGAACAAUGAUCUCCUUUUCAGAAACGUGAAAGAGGUGAUGUGUAUGUCCGAAAAUAAAAUCCUCACUCAGUGUUUUGACCGGGAAGAGCUUACAGACAAGAAGCGCCCUGAAACGGCAGCGACACAGUUCAAGAACAGUCUUGCGAAGUUGAUGGAAAUCCUGAUGUCUAAAGAGCCAUCGUACGUGCGCUGCAUCAAACCUAAUGAUGCCAAGCAAGCAGGACGUUUUGAUGAAGUCCUCAUCAGGCACCAAGUAAAAUAUCUUGGUCUGAUGGAGAACCUUCGAGUGAGGAGAGCUGGCUUUGCAUACCGCCGUCGCUACGAGAGCUUUCUGCAGAGGUAUAAAUCCCUGUGUCCGGAAACCUGGCCAAACUGGGAUGGUCGUCUGGUCGAUGGAGUAUCCACGCUCGUCAAGCACCUCGGCUACAAACCUGAGGAGUACAAACUUGGCCGGACCAAAAUAUUCAUCCGUUUCCCCAAAACCUUGUUUGCUACCGAAGAUGCACUUGAAGACAGAAAACACAGCCUUGCUACCAAAUUGCAGUCAUCCUGGAAGGGCUACAGUGAAAAAACUAAAUACAGGAAAAAGCGACAAUCGGCUAUCCUAAUCCAAGCCUGGUGGAAAGGUAUUCUGGCCCGCAGGCAAGCAAAGCGCAGGAGAGAGGCUGUUGACACCAUCCGCAGGUUCAUCAAAGGCUUCAUCUACCGCCACCAGCCUCGUUGCCCAGAGAAUGAGUAUUUCCUGGACUACGUUCGUUAUUCGUUCCUGAUGAAGUUGCACAGGAGCCUGCCCAAAACUGUCCUGGAUAAGAGUUGGCCAACACCCCCUUCAGCCCUCACUGAGGCUUCAGAGCAGCUCCGCAAGUUGUGCAUGCAGAACAUGGUGUGGAAGUACUGCAAGAAUAUCAACCCAGAAUGGAAGCACCAGCUGGAGCAGAAAAUGGUUGCAAGUGAAGUCUUUAAGGACAAGAAAGAUAACUACCCACAAAGUGUACCAAAGCUGUUUGUGGACACAAGGCUUAAUGGGGAGGACAUCAACCCUAAAGCGAUGCAGGCUCUGGGUAAUGAGAAGAUGAAGUAUGCUGUUCCAGUGACAAAGUAUGACAGGAACGGAUACAAAGCUCGCAACCGACAGCUCUUGCUCACGGCCAACAGUGCAAUCAUUGUGGAGGAGGCCAAGCUGAAACAGCAAAUUGACUACAGCAUGCUGAAAGGGAUUUCAGUCAGCUCUCUGAGUGAUGGGAUAUUUGUUCUCCAUGUUGCUUCUGAAGACAAUAAGCAGAAAGGUGAUUUGGUGCUUCAGAAUGAUCAUGUCAUCGAGACGUUAACCAAAGUGGCUAUCUGUGCUAACAAGAUCAACAGCAUUAACAUUAACCAGGGAAGUAUAAAGUUCAAUGUGGCACAAGGCAAAGAAGGGAUCAUAGAUUUUACAUCUGGUUCAGAGCUGGUGGUAGCCAAAGCUAAGAAUGGACACCUUUCUGUGACUGCUCCUCGCCUCAACACAAGAUGAUAGACUAGCCAUGACCAAGAACUUCAUGUGUUCUCACAGGAUCUUCCUGAUAUGUUCCUUAGUUCAUCAAUCACAUGACUACAGGCGGAGCUUUCUCUGCCAAUCAGACGCUCGCCAGCUGCUCCAAAGGCCUCGACUUUCAAACCUAUUUAUGUUUUUGGGAAAUAAUACUGUUAUGAAUAUUAUGAUUUUAUAUUUUGAAGCCAAGAAAUAACAAUGUAUAUGUGCAUUUUCCCUGCACUCUGUCUCUACCUAGCUUAUUUGGGGAAUAUUGAUUUGUGGUUAGAGAAGGUGACCUCAGCCAUGAUAACAAGGAAAUUCAGGGUUUAUAAUGAGUAGUUAUUAGCUUUGGUUAUAUUUACGUUUACCCAUGAUUCGUUUUCUAAGGAUUCAGCUGUACAAACCAACUCAAAACUUCCAGUACACUUUUACGUUGAUUGAAUUAGUGUAAUUAUAAUGAGUAAUAAUUCUUUCAUAACUCAAUUAUAAAGUUCAUAGGAAAGGUAUCAUUUACAUUUUGUUGCAUAGAGAUGUUUGUAUAAGUCUGUUCCACACUAGCUGUGCCACAUAAUUUUGCUUACAAGGCAAAUAAGUUAUUCAUAUUGGUUGUUGUGUGAAGAGGAUGACAUUUUAAUGAGGCUGAAAUUUUAGAGCGUGUAUUCGAAGUGCAUUGAGUGUGCGUGUAAUGUGCAAAGAGGUUCUUUAAAAAGACCUUAAUGGACAAAGCGCUCUGCAUCUUGUCAUAGUUGCUAUGCUAGUGAAACAGCCCCAUCUAUUUACACUGUGAUUCCUUCAUCAUUUAUUACCCUGUAAAAAGGCUGCAAUUUGAUAAACCAAUACAGAGAGUUAAAUAGGGAUAGCAAGCAGAGAUGGAGAUACAUAGAUCAGCAAAAAUCUCUUCACUAAGUCCCAAAUCUGUGCCUCAAAAUGUUAAUGUUUUUGUAGAUUAAAUUUGGGGGUAUCUUUGAUACUCCAUGAUGAGAAAAGUGUUUGCAAUUCAUGUAGAUAUGGGGAAAAAAUUCAGUAAUGGACAAAAGAUUUGACUUUGAGAAUGGUCUUUCCUUUAUACACUAGCGGUGAUUUACUCAGGCUUUGUCGUCCUAAUACACUGGACACAAUAAUGUCUCCUAAUAAUACUGGUGUCUUGCAUUAGCAAUGCUUUAACCUUGUGUCAAAGCAGAAAGGCUUUCAAAAUUAGUCAACUAUUGAGAGACGUUGAUAGCCUAAUAGUAGGUGAAGUUGUGUUAUCUACAGUCUGUUUAUUUCUCUAAGACAGGUUUGUGUAUAUGUAGAUAAAAGGUAUCAAAGCACUACUCUAUUACUGUUCACAAAAUGUAAAUGUUAUUUUAGCAGCAGAAGUGAAAAUUUGGAUCACCCUUUUCUUGCACUAUAGGAUUAUUAAGACACAUAAAACCUGUUCACAGCACAAUUAUUUAAUGUUGCCUUGAUUCCAUUGCAAUGUUCAGCGAAACAUUGAGCAUGUGCCUACCAUAGCUAGUGUCAUAGCUGAGAACAUUAGUUUAAAAAAAACCUGGAAGAGUGCACUUUAAAUGCUUUUGUAUGCAUAAGUGUAAUGUAUUUAGAACAACUAUAUAUUUUGACAUUUAUUUAAAAAAAUAAAAAUAAAUACCCCACUCCUGUCCAUAUACAAA